AUGGAACCAGUGGAAGGUCUCAGCUUAGACGUACCAGCACUAGAAGAUGGCCUUAUAAGCACUGAAGCAUUUGCAAAGAUGAUCAACUUAAGAUUGCUGAAAAUUGAUUCUGUAAAUUUCACUGGUUCCUAUGAAAAAAUUUCAAAAGAAUUAAGAUGGCUCUGUUGGUGUCGAUGUCCACUAAUGGUUUUACCGCCCAACCUUCAUCUAGACAACUUGGUUGUUCUUGAAAUGCAACACAGUAGUAUCAAAAAAGUUUGGAAGGAGACAAAAGCUCUUCACAAGCUUAAAAUACUAGAUCUGAGUUAUUCGGUAUACCUUGGAGAGACACCAAACUUUGCAGGACUCUCAAGCCUACACAGACUUGAACUUGAAGGUUGCACAGGUUUAGUUGGGGUUGAUCAAUCUAUUGGACAUCUGGAAAAACUUGAAUUCUUGAAUUUGGCAAAAUGCAAGAACAUAAGUGAACUUCCAGACAGCAUUUGCAACUUGAUGUCUCUUGAGACUAUGAACCUCAAUGGCUGCUCAAAACUUUGCAGUUUGCCAGAGAAUUUGGGUAAAUUGGAAGCUUUGAGAAAGCUUGUUUUAAGUGGAUCUGCUAUUACAGAUUUGCCUAUUUCGAUUGGACUUUUGAAGAACCUUGAAGAUCUAUCUUUGGCUGGACUUAGAAAACAGUUACCUUCUAAGUCUUGGUUCUCAUACUUUUCUUCAUGGAUCUCACCAAAAAGUAGUGUGGGUUCUUCUUCUUUACUGCUACCAGCAACGUUCUCUCAGUUAAGCUCAUUAAGAGAGCUUAAUCUUUGUGACCUCAACUUGUCUGACCAUGAAAUUUCCAUUGACUUUGGGAGUUUCCAUUUUUUGAGGAGUUUGGAUUUACGGGGAAACAACUUCUGUAACUUACCCGCAGGAAUCAGCAACCAUCCAAGGAUAGGGAGACUUGUAUUGAAUAACUGCAAAAACCUUCGAUCCCUUGCAGAGCUUCCUAAAAAUUUAUGGACUUUAGAAUCAAAGCUUGGCACAUCAAUUGAGAGAUACCCAAACUUAUCAAACAUAGGUAAAAAUCUUUAUAAAAUCGCAAAUAGUAAUUGUCGCGAAGUAGCUGACAUUCAAGGUUGGGAUUUUCGCUCAUUUCAUCAAUUUUCUUUUAGUUGGAAUCUUGGACCAGAUCUUUACCAGCCAAAGAAGUGGUUGUAUUCCAAGUUGAAGUUUUUGGAAGGUUACUUCCCGGUUAGAGAGGUGCCAGAUUGGUUCGACUAUAAAGAAAUUGGAUCUUCAAUACCGUUUUGUAUGCCUUCAAUCCCGAUUGGUUCAGAUCGAGGUAUGAUUGUGUGCGCAAUCUAUUCGGUCAAUGAAGAAUGUAAUGACGAAAGCACUUCUGAAGUUUCUCUUACCAUAUAUUUUAAGAAUAAAACAAAGGGCUGUGAGACUUUUGUUAGGUCACAUAGUUCCCUCGAUGGGAAUAUAUGUCAAGAUCAUGCGUGGGUUUGCUUGGGUGUAUUUUCUGAAGCAGAUGAUGAGGCUUUCGACAAGUUUCUUGGGUUCAAGAAGCAAGUUGAGAAGGAACUUGAUGUUCAGAGCAAGUGCCUAGGAACAAACAAUGGGCUUGAGUACACGGAAACAGACUUUCUUAAGUUUUGUGGAGAGAAUGGGAUUCAAAAGUAA